CAAAAGGCCGUCGCCCGUCAGUCGUCACGUCACGUCCUCUUUCAAAGUUUCUCUCUGAAGUCCAGUCUCUAUUCGAUACGAUAAACAAAGUGAUACACGAGAGUCGGGGCCAUCGGGGGACGAUCGAGUGAUGUUUCCGAACGCAGCCAAGUGAUUAUUAACAUUCGUAUGCCGUUCUAAUAUUUCUAACCAUUCGUCGGCCAUAUUAUCAUUUGAAAUUCGCCGAGUUUUGCGUAUCAGCCGACGUGCCCGACCCAACGUAUAUAUCACACGUCAGCGGUUUUUUCCGAUCUGAUUAUUCGUGAUUCAGCAGUUUAAUUAUUUAAUUGUCGUGUAAACCGUGAAUUAUCGUCAGCACUCCGUCGUCACUCCGUUGAUCAACAUCGUUAACAAUUCGGGUCAUUUGGGCAAACUCGAGCAGACAAAAAUACUGAUUUGCGAAAUGACGAUCAAGGCAGUCUGUGUCCUUCAGGGAGAGCCUGUUAAGGGGACCGUGUACUUUGAACAAGCGGAAGGUUCAAAAACAGUAAAAGUAACCGGACAGGUUUCCGGCUUGCAAAAAGGCCUACAUGGUUUUCACGUUCAUGAAUUUGGCGACAACACCAACGGUUGCACGAGUGCGGGUGCUCAUUUCAAUCCAUUGGGUAAAGAUCACGGUGGUCCAAACCACGAUGUGCGCCAUGUUGGAGAUUUAGGAAACGUGGAAGCUGGUACUGAUGGCGUUGCAAAAGUUAACAUUACCGAUUCUAUGAUUCAGCUCAGCGGACUGCACAGUAUUAUCGGACGAACUCUUGUGGUCCAUGCUGAUCCCGAUGAUUUGGGCCAGGGUGGCCACGAACUGUCAAAAACAACUGGCAAUGCUGGUGCUCGUCUUGCCUGCGGUGUUAUUGGCAUUACAAAAUAAAUGCAUAUACAUGGGUGUGACAAGUUAAUAAAUAGAGUAUAUGUUAGAGAUAUACUAUUUUCUUACUACUUGGUUUUCAAUAUAUAGUCAUAUCAUACAAAUGUUAUUUUUCUGUUGCAAUAUCAUGUAUAUGAUAAUAAAAGUUAUUAGUUCUUUCUAAAGAUAAAAAUUAAUAAAAUAUCAAAACAUGGGUUUAUGUAUGUUGUAUAUGGAAUACUAAAUAAGAAUGGAAAAAUAUAUAUACAAUUCUAAAACA